AUGAUCGUGGGGGCUUUAGUACUUAUCAUUUUUCUUUUUUAUGCUUAUAAACGAUGUCGCACAAUACUGAAACUGGCUGAACAACAAGAACACGCAUCACAACGUGCUCACACACACGUCCCUUCCAUGACACCAGCUUAUCCACCACCGUAUUCUCAUAUAUCUAAUUCGUCAGUACAUCAACCAUUACAACAAUACACAUCGUUAUUACUUUCACCAACCCGUAAAUUAACAACAUCUCCACUCGCUCCACCAACUCCAAUCGUAUCAUAA